ACACAAAUAGAGAAUGGAGACUGUUGGAUUCCUCAGUUUUGGGCUGAUAUUACAAAAACAUAUACUGAAAAUAACAAUAUGGACAUUCUAUCAAAUGUGCAGACUGCAAUUUAUUCAUACACUGAUAAAACACAACUAAUAACUACCAUAAAUUAUCUGAAAAAUAUUUCAGAAGCUCAGAUUAAGGAAAUUCUUCUGUGA